ACAUUGUGACAGAGUACAUGGGCAUCAGAAAUGAAAGUUUCAUGAAAUUAGCAGCAGUAGGAACCUGGAUGGGAGAUUUUGUGACUGCCUGGAUGGUGACUGACAUGAUGCUUCAAGAUGAGCCCUACCCAGACUGGGGAAAAACUGCCAGAAGAUUUUGGAAAAAAGGAAAUCACCGUAUUGUCCUCUUCUGGACUGUGCUGAUUUCUCUGACAUCUGUAGUGGUUGUAGUCAUCAGCACGGACUGGAUCAGUUGGGACAACUUGAAUCGAGGAUUUCUGCCAAGUGAUGAAGUCUCCAGAGCUUUUCUGGCAUCUUUCAUCCUGGUGUUUGACCUCCUGAUUGUAAUGCAGGAUUGGGAAUUUCCUCAUUUCAUGGGUGAUUUAGAUAUGAAUCUGCCUGGAAUGUCUACUACUCAAGUAAAAUUAAAGCUGCCUGUCUGCAAAAGUAUAUUCAAGGAAGAGUAUCACAUACACAUCACAGGUAAAUGGUUUAACUAUGGAAUAAUUUGUCUGGUGCUGAUUUUGGAUUUAAACAUGUGGAAAAAUCAAAUUUUUUACAAGCCAUAUGAAUACGGGCAAUAUGUUGGCCCGGGGGAGAAGAUCUACACAGUUGAGGACCCUGACACCUUGAGUGAGUUUAACAAGAGUACUCUGACGUGGGAGUGGAGAUCUACUCACAUUGAUCCCACAUACAAUGAGACUUACAGUCGUGGAGACAUGUUUUUGCACAGCAGGUACGUGGGAGCCAGUCUGGAUGUUAAGUGUCUUGCUUUUAUUCCCAGCCUGGCUGCGUUUUUUCUCCUUGGAUUUUUCAUCUGGCUUUUUGGACGCUUUCAGGACUCUGAGCAGGGCCCAAAAAACAAAGACAAGACUUAUGAAAGGAUAAAAAAGAAAUCCCCAUCAGAGUACAGCAAGGACAUGGGUGUUACUCCAGAAGAGCCCCAUGUUUCAAUGAAUGAAGCUUUGAAAAGCAACACUCCAAUGCUGCUCUCUGUAGAUGCCCCUAAUGUUCAAUCUAAUGGUUCUGCCUCCUAUUCAUCAACUGAAACUCAGGAGAUUCAUCCUAACAUUGUUAUCGACAGUUUGGCACCAACAGAGUCAGCAGUCUCCAUUGAUGUCUAUAAACCUUCACCUUGCCAGGAAGGACAAACAGCUUUGAAUUAAAAUUCAAACUCAGAGCCUGCUAUAUCACAAUCAAUCUCUUAUUAUUUACCUUUUUUUCCUUCACAUUUCCUUCACAUUUUUUUGUCAGACAUAUGUCCAUUCAGAAUAACCAAACCUUGAUUCUGGAGUUGAUUAAAAAAAACUACUACAUCUAUUACUUUAUAUAGAUUCCUGUCAUUUGUGGCACAAAACAGAAAAUUGAACUCUUAUGUAAAACAAUUUAACUUGAGGGACUGCUCAUUUCUGAUAUUGUUAUCCUACAUGUGCACUAAGUUUUGUCUUUGUAUUGUUGGUGCUUAACGUUUAUUUAGUUUAUCAGGACAUGAUUUCUGAUCACAAAACUACAAUAUACUGUAUAGUGAUGCCUCUGUGGAAAUAAUUAUUUUUAAGGAACAGGAGAAGAAAGGAAACACAACAU